AUGUCCCUGGCUGAGCAGUCUCAGAAGUGGUUUCCAACCCAUGUCCAAGCCACCGUUCUUCAGGCGUCCGGUUUACAGCCCAAAGGCAAAAAUGGCACCAACGAUGCCUACACCAUCAUCCAGCUGGGGAAGGAGAAGUACUCCACGUCGGUGGCGGAGAAGACGGCCGACCCGGUCUGGAGGGAGGAGGCGUCCUUCGAGCUGCCCGGUCUGCUUUUGGAGGGGAACCCCGAAGUGUACGUGCUGUCGCUCACAGUGAUGCACCGCUCAUUAGUGGGGAUGGACAAAUUCCUGGGCCAGAAGACGAUCAACCUCAACGAAAUGUUUGAUAACAAGCAACGAAAGAAAACCGACUGGUUCUCCUUGGAGUCCAAGCCGGGGAAGAAGAAGAAGGACCGGGGUCGGAUCGAGGUCAGCAUCCAGUUCAUGAGGAACAACAUGACGGCCAGCAUGUUCGACCUCUCCAUGAAGGAGAAGCCGCGCUCGCCCUUCUCCAAGCUGAAGAACAAGGUGAAAGGUCGCAAAAACAACGGCGGGGGCAGCUACGGCGACACGUCUUCGGCCAUCUUGCCCCGCUCUGUCGUUUGCGACUUGGAGCCGAGCGGCCAGCCGGCGGCGGCGGAAACGAAGCCGGAGACGAAGGCGAAGCGGCCGCUGCUGUCCGGGGGCCAGAAGCUGUCAGCGGCCCACUCCAUGUCCGACCUCAUCGGGAACCACUUCCGACCCAAACUGGACUCCAUGAACUCCAUCGAAGAGAGCGGAAGUACAGGUGGCCCUCACCGGCGUUCCCAGAGCGAGGUGCCUGGAUACCAGGACGGAGAAGCACACAGUGACCCUUUCACUGAUAUCAGUGACACCCUGCCACAGAAGUAUGCCACGCUCCCACGCAACCGCAACCCGUUUGAGGGCGAGCGGGGGCAGCAGCCGUGGGAGCGGGCGGAGCGGAGGGAGAAAAAGGAGAAGGUCAGCCUGCUGGAACGUGUGACGGGGAAGAAGGAGGGCCGCAGGGCCGGCAACGGGGGCCGAUCAGGAAGCUCCGGAGACCUGCGCUCUCCCAACCCGUUCAGCGCCGACGCCGCGGCCGACACCAACCCGUUCAGCUUCAGCUACAAAACCAGUGACAACAAGCAGACGGGAAACGAGGACGGCCUCUUUGGGCAGAAGAAGAAGAAGGACAUUUUCGGCAAAAAAAAUGUGGCGCCACCGGACACGGCAGCCAACUACAGCAACCUGACCUUUGACGAGGUCGUCCAGGAACUCAUCAAGCAGAAGGAAGUGGUCCGGAAGAAAGACGCGCACAUCCGGGAGCUGGAAGACUACAUCGACAACCUGCUGGUCCGCGUCAUGGAGGAGACGCCCAGCAUCCUACGGACUCCCUACGAGCCCAAAAAGAAGGCCGGUAAACUCUCAAAAAAGAAGAGCUAAAAACAAACACUGGAUGAAAAGUCAUUAAUAAAGGUUCACAAGGAGAUCGGGGGUCAAGGGUCGAUCAAAUUCAAGCAGCUUUACUUUAACUUCCUCUUUUAAUUUAAAUGUCGGGCUUGCUUUUAACAUUUGUUGCUGUACUGAAAGACAAACGAUUCAUUGAUGUUUCAAGUCAAGACGUUAGCUUGAGCAGGUUUUGGUCUGGAUUAUUUUAAGCUCUGUAGUAAUUUAUUGCACAUACACUUGCCAUAAUCGGCUGCGAUGCUUCCAGACUUGUUUACCGGACGCGUUAGCUGUAGUUACGUUACAGAUGAAGCUGUUUACAAUCGAUUUCAAACAUUUUAGACCGGCGGGUCUGUCCUCUACAGAUAUUCCUAGACUGACUGGAAGAUGUUUUCCCAAGAACAAAUGUUCAUGUUUUUUAAUGUUAUGAGUUGGAGGGGUUAAAACUUUACUUACUAUAAGUGCAAUAUAAUUACUAUGGAAACAUGUUGCUUUACAACCUGCUGGUAUUUCUCUUGUUUACAUUUGAAUCGUAUGUUUGAGUUAAACUCGCCUCUUCCUGUUGAUCUGAUUGGUCGUUUCCUUCAAAGCUCUACUGAUGAUUGUAUUAAUGGUACACAUGUGGAUCUAUGCUGCACAUACCUUUAUUGAUGCUGCACAAUCCUUUAUUUAUUAGUGUUUUAUAGCUCAUAUGAAUGUUACUUAAAUCGCUGAAACGUACUGUUGGUGCAAAUCAAAUAUCAUUUUUCCCAAGGUGUUCAAAAUGAAGUGUUCUCUAAAAACGUCUUGAAAGAAAAGACUUAGUUGGUUGCAUCUUUAUGAUCACUCCUGAUUUUGAAAUGUUUGCUUCACUUUCAGGAUGUUGGUUUCUAAAACGGAGACAGAAGAUCAUCCAGAACUUCUGUAAGAUAAACUGAAGUUAAACUGAUUUUUUUUUGUCGGUGAGAUAAAGAUUUCGCUUUCUAAUUAAAACAGGACACAGGGCGAUGUUUCUUGUAAGAGUAACUUUUUUACUUCCGAUACGAUACCGAUAUUGGAGCUUUAAGUAUCGGCUAAUACCGAUAUUGAUCCAAUAUGACUGCAGCAAAAAUCUCACAUAAAGGGUUCGAACUGGUGCUUGAAAUUCAUGGAAAUUCGUGAAUUUCAAUUCUGUGUUGUCGGGGUUUGGAAAGUCCUUGAUUUCCUUGUAAACUUCUUCAAAGUCUUUGGUCUGGUGCUGAAGUUAUUCAAACUUCACAGUUUUGUAAUAAACAUUAUUUACAAUUGAAACCAGAUAUUCAAAGUGUCUGAAGUUAAAUCAGACUAAACUUUUCUUCUUUUUGAACUAUCAAAAUUAUUUCUAUUUGCUAAAUGUCAGAAAACGUAGCAAGAACAUUUUCUAGAGAUUUUUUUGCAACUUUCUCAGGUGUAUAGGUUAUGUGUGAGACAUUUCAAAACAUAACAUUUUGUUUCAUUUUAGUUUACCUUGACCCUGCAGUAGGAUAAAGAAUACUAGGCCUUUCACCAUAACAUUUUUUGGAUGAUAAAUUGUCCCAGAAGCUAUUGCAAUAAACAAUAAUAUUGAUGUUUUGAGGCCUAUUUCAGGUAACAUAAUGGUAUAAUACAAGAAAACAUUCUCAAAGAUCAUUAAACAAAUAUCUGAAAUAAACAAAACAACAACUAAAAUGAAUAAUGAAGUCUGUAAACAAAAUUGCUCUUCGAGUUUGUUUACACAGACAAGUUAGAGACCAAAGCACUGGACUGAAGACUUUUAUCACCUAAUUUUUCAUAGAAAGAGAGAAAAACGAUAAAUCGUUCCAAUGAAAAUGAGUGAAUUCGUUUUAAUUUAUCAUGUGAUUUAGGCCUAGUUUGAAUAGAAAUUCCUUGUUCAGAGACUGUUAGGAAAAUGACUGUAAAAAAGUGGUUGUUUUGAAGCAACAGAUCGGAAUGCUCUUUGCCAGCCACAUCGAGAGACAUCAGUGCGUUGAUUAAGUGUGACAACUAUAUAAACUUGUGUGGACAACACCAUUCCCACCAGAGUGAGAGGCUUCUCUGAUCAUAAACCCUGUGAGCUAACAGAACUGUUAAACAACUAAAAAAGAACCUAUUUAUUUGAAUUUGUUUACAUAACAUGUGCCUAUCAGUUUGAUAUGUUAUUGAUUGAUUGACCCUAGGAGAUACAUGGACUCAUAACCAUAACGUAUGGGAGCCAAAAGCUUUAUAUUUAUCUAACUGACACACAAAUUAAAAUUUAACACUUGUUUGUUUCUUCUGGUUAAAACACAGAACAAACUUACAAUAUCAAUUCUGAAGCUGGAAAUCUGGUUGCCAGUGUAGCAGGUGGAUCUGGUCCUAAUGGGUUAACUCUGCCUUUACUGUGCUUCCGUCUUAAUCUGCUUUUUCUCUUAACAUUCCUCAGACUUUUACACUUUGAGUCCUAACGGCUCAUUUGUUCAUAAUUCUUAAGGGUAGAAACACUUUUAGAUGUCAUUUAUUUCAGAUAUAAAACUGUUUAUUCAUAUUUUGAUGUUUUAUCAGCUCUUUCUUACCUCUGUGAUGCUAAAUAACAUGGUUUAUGUUACUUAAAGGAACUCUUCCUAACUCUGUUUCUAAUCGAGAAGUGUUAAAUAUUUGGCUGUUUAGCGAGUGGAGCUGAUACGGACGGACGUUUUGUAAAAAUUUUUAAAGAUGAGGCUCUCAUUGACAGAUUUACAUUUUUAAUGGAAAUGUUCAGUACAUCUCUCAUUUUUAUUUUACUAGCCAUGUUUUUUUUUUUCUUUCAUGUUAAACAUUCAACAACCUUUUACUCUAAAACCAACCAGACCACUUCCCCUCAAAUAAAGUAAGAGUUACUAGAGAAAAUCCUUGUUUUUGCUGGUGGGAAAAGACUAAAAGUAGAACGCCUUCGACCCAAAUGUUGAGAAGCUGUUCAUUUUAUUUUAUUAGGGUUAAGGUCUUUUCUGACCUACAGAAGCAACAUUGUUUCCUCCUUUAUCAUCAACACGUUAAAGCACGUUAAAUUUAUUAGUGAGCAAGUAAAAAGAAAAGAAUUCAAAAUGAAGUUAUUUUGCAUUUUUAAUUGGGGGGAAAAUGAAAAAUGUCCGCUGAAUACUUUUAACCUGACAAUUUUGGCUCAACUUUGUUGUAAGAUGUUUGGACACCCCUGAUUGUUAAUGUACUUGAUCUACAUUAUAACUACCAUUCACUGUGUCCAGUUUUAUCAAUUUAUCAAUAAUCUGCAGUACUUUCCAAAAGUAUUAACACCCAUUGAACUUUUUCACAGUUUCUUUGAUUUAAACCACAAAUUUAUUAGGACUUAGUGGGAUUUUAUAUUGGGGUCCACUGAUAAAUCGUCCCAGUGCGAUCAAAAAUAGUUACCCCCACUGUUGCCAACUUGGCCACUUUGUUGCUAUAUUCAGCAACUUUUUAGAUAAAAAAUGUCAGAAGCAACAGGUCAGACGUUUUAAAGAUCGAAGAUUGGUCUGAAAACUGCAUUCAGCGAUUUAAUUUUAUGUUCCUCUGCAAACACAAACUGUGAAGUAAAAUGAUGAUUUUGCAAAUAAAACUCUUUCUUAGAGGGGUUUGUUUGUAUUUAAUCCUCUAAUUUAAUACUAUAUAGGGCAAGUUUUUGUGUCUUGAACAGCUUUACAUACAGUUGAAACCAGAUAUUUACAUACACUGAAUAAAAAGAGACAUUUUUCUCACUGUAUUGAAGUUAAAUUUGACCAAACUUCUCUUGUUUUAGUUUAGUCAGAAUUACCUAAAAAAAAAACAACUACCUACCGUAUUUGUAUUUACUAAAUGACAGAAAAUAUAGCAAGUAUAUAUUUUUUACAUUUAGAGAAGUCCUGCCUUUCAUGAGACAGUUACCCCUGAUAACUGACCAAAUUCAAGGAAAGUUACAAAGAAAUUUCUAAAAAAUGUUCUCGCCAAGUUUUCUGGCAUUUAGCAAAUACAGAUAAUUUUAGUAAUUCUAACUAAGUUAAAAUAAGAAAAGUUUAGUCACAUUUAAUAUUUCAGAGUGGGGGAAAAAACAUUGUUUUUUCAUUGGGUGUAUGUAAAUAUCUGCUUUCACCUGAAUCUAUAAACUGGAACUCGGAUUAAAUUAAUGGUCUGCAAUUGGUGGCUCUUCCAAAAACAAACAGGAAAUGUUUUUUAUCAUAGUUGCUACAAAAUUUUUUUAUUUUAGUACUUUUUAUAUAAGUUCUUAAGCAAAAUCUACUUUUAAUAUCUAAAACAGGCUUUUAAGAGUAACUGACUUCAACUGCCCAGCCCAUCUUUCUUUAUUUUCCAUAUUUAUAGAACAAAAUUCACCUCAUUUUACAAUGCGUUUAUUUCAUAAUAGAGGAUUCUGAUCUAAAAUUUGAAAAUAUAUAAAUGUUAUGUUCAUUUGUUAGGUUUUGUAGGUACAUAUUUAGUAAAUCGUCGUUUGUGAUGAGUUUUAUUGUUUUUUUAGAAAAAGCUGCCGACUCCUGGAUUAGACGGACAGUUGAAGGGGUGUGAAUACUUUGGGUUUUUGUUUGUUUGUUUUUCUUGUACUUUCAUCUGUUUCUUGUUGGUUUAAAGUGAACUGGUUGAAAUGUUGGACCUUUACACUGUCAGCACAGCAAAAACGCAAAACUUUACCAAGUAUUUUGGUUUAUCUUCUAGUGUGAAUAUCUUAGUACACGUGAAAUACAAGAAAACAAACUAACAUGUAACGCUUCAGCAAAAAAUAGGAGUUUGUUUUAAGUCAAUUUUUCCUGAAAAUUGAUUAAAAGUACUGGUUAAAUUGGCAGAUUAUUUCAGUUAUAGCAUUUAAAAAUGAUCUGCCAGGGGGUCUAGAACUGGGUUGCUAGGCAACGGGCUGGGAUUAGCUGGCGUUGCCAGGUAACGGCACAUGGCCAGUUGUUUGUGAAAUAAUCUGCCUUAAACAAUAUUAGGAAUUAUUCACUUUAAAUAAGCUGUUACAUUUUGCUGAAAGGUUACUUGUUACUGUUUUUAUUUCAAGUUUACUGUGAUAUUUGCUAUAUUUGCACUACCAAAAUUACCAAAAAUAGUAGGUAAGAUUUAGUGUUUUUGCAGUGUGAAGCCUCCUCACUGGUCAGAUUAUCCUCCAGUUCAAACAUUUGACUGGUUUCCAUUCACAUAUUACUUUCUGCUGCUGUGAAAUCGUCGUUUUGCUGCUCUGCGAUCGUUUUUUCCAACUUGAGGCCAAAAUCUUCCUGUACUGAAUGUAUUCUGCUCUUUUGCAAAGUGGAAACACUAUGAAGGCCAUUGACCCGCUUGCCUUUAAAGUAUUGGGUUCUCUCUCUAACGUCACACCCUUCAUUCAGGAUUGUUGAUGAAUGAGCUUCUGCUGGAACUGAUUUGUUUUUUCUGAUGCCAAAAAAUGUCGGAGUUGGUGUGAGUAUGAUGUGAUGCUAAUCUGCCUGCACGCUCUAGCUAAAACUGUCAUUUUAUUUAGUUCUCUUGUUUUUUUGCGUGUUCUCGGGCCUUUCUGAACUCUUGGUACUUCCAUUGUACAUAUCGUGUAGAUGAUUUGUGACUUUUAGUCAUUAGUGGGAAUUUUUCUGUCUACUUGAGGACCACAUUUCAAAAUAUGGGGGAUGAAACUGGCUUAUAAGUGAAAUUGAAUGCCUGUAUGAAUUUUUGUCAGACUAAACGUCGUGGUGAUUGUGGAACAGGUUGUUUACCCGCACAAUCUCCCCCCAAAGCCUGAUUGCUUUGCUUUAAUGACAGAAUGUAAAAGAAAAGGUCUGACGACGUUUUAAUGUAGAAUAAAUGUGGACCCUGAGGUUAUUUAGUUCAAAUGAAAGCUGAAGGAGGGGGGCGGCGGGGGGCGACUAGUUCAAAUUAAUUAAUUUUGCCUGUCAUUUCUUUGUUUUCUUUUAGCUUGAUUAUUGCAUUUGCUUUAUGCUUCUGCAUAAUUGUCUGCUUUUGUAGACGUCAAACUAAAACACAAAUCUAAAUGUCAUUCAUUUUGCACAGCGAAUGUAGAAGAUCCACUCUGCAGGGAGACUGAGCUGCAUCAUGAUUGUUGAUUUAUUUUAUUCAUUAAAUGUUUUGCGGUUUAUUAGCACCGCUAGUAGAGAUGUGUAAAAAGCCUUAAAAUAAAUCAACAACUCUAGCUGGAUGAUAAAUUGCCCCGGAAGUUAUUCAAAAUAACAAUAAUAUUGUUAUUUUGAGAUAAUUUUAGUACAAUAUAAUGCAAGUUCGCCUUUCCAAAGACCAAUAAACUUUAAUUUCCUAAAGAACAGUUAACACUAGAGCAGGAAGAUAUUGUAAAUAUCCAAAGUAACACACAAUAAAACAAUAAAUAAAACAGAAAUAGACACCACACACAACCAAAACCACAAAUAAAAUGAAUUUUGUCUUUCAUGUAAACAAAAUUUCCCUUCAAAAUUUAUCAGCAGAAUGUAAAUUAUCAAGCUCAUUUUAAUUUAUCAUGAAAUUGCUUAUUACAACAGAUUUAGCUGUUGCAUAAUAUCAUAGAUUAAAAAAAUCUAGCUUUUAAUCUGAGUACAGAAGGCAAAAGGAUCAAAUGUCCAUUAUUUCUAACAAAUCCUAUGAAAUAAAUGGACCUGAAGCAUUUUUUUAAUUUAUGCAUUGCUUUUUGAGGUUGACGUAAUCUGUGACUUACUUUUUCUCUGGGUGUAAAUAAUUUUUACACCGAGUCUUUUUACACCCAUUUUUGAUGGGCGCCAAUAAACAUGAAGGGCGCUGUAGUUUUCUAAUACACUAAGCACUGAAAAUGUUUGGAUGUUUCUGCUUAAAGCUACCUUCUGUCAUAAAAGAUGAAAGUUAAUCGCAAUACUUUGUGGUGUUUAUUGUGGGAAAUGUUGAUAUUGAUGACAUAACUGCCCAGUUUCCCAUGAGGAAGUUCAGUAUGCCAGUCACAUUAAGGUGAGGUUAGGGGCUAACAUCAGUUUUUUUAAUGAUACACUAGUAAAAUAUGGAGCUGAAUGUCGUUCCUGCAUGUCUGUCACAUGUUUUUGUAUUUCACAUCUGCCAGAUUUUGUGGCUUUUCUUGGGCGUUAAGCCUUUAUUUCCCCCAAACUUGCUUCAUUUUUAUCAAAUGUCAUCCAACCCAGGUGUAGUUGGUGAAACUCUGCAAGCUGGUUGACAAGUUUGGAGGUAAAUUAACCUCUUCUUCUUUUUUUUUUUAAGAAAAACUUUUACUUUACGAGUAUGCAAGAGUUUCAUCUGUGAACGUUUGAGGACAAGGAUGUAUUCCUCUUUGUAGAAACACACGGAGCUGCUGGAAAACUCUGUAUUGACAACCGUGUCAGGCUGUUUCAGGUUAUCUAUGUAAAGUGCCAUCAAAAGCAUUCUUGAGAAUCUGGUGAUGUAUUUCUUAAUAUUCACUAUUUCUUCACGUGCUUUAGACCUCGUCACCGCCUGUGUUUCACAAGAUUGUAAAUGUUCUUUUCAAUAAAGUCACUGGAA